AUGGAUCAGACUUCAAACAAUUCGCAGAUAAAUUCAAACAAUUUAACCUCUUGCUCACGUGACCUGGUUAGAGAAAGAUGUCUGCCGUAUCUGAAUAUGUCCACACGACACAGCAGGUUUCCCUCUGUGAAAACAGGCCCCGUAGUUUUACAAAGUACAGCCAACAGCCCAGACAAAGUAACCUACGGCAAUUUAGGCUUAUUUAUUACGUUUUUCCUGAUCGUCAUCACGGCACAAACAGCUGUCAGUGUUCCGUUCAAUACUUUAGUCGCUGACAAGUCGCAUCCUUCUCAGAGAGGUUUCAACUCUGGUGUAAUGGGCGCCAUAAUUCUUCUUGGAAAUGGCGCUGGUGCAGCGGCUGGUCUUAGCUUUUCGGUGAGUGCAGUGUGGGUUUGAUUUCUGUUUUAGCUUCACGGCCACAGCCGUACGCCAGUCAACAAAUAGCCG